GGGGAAGAAACUGGUUUUAGAAAAUGUGGAAAUUGGAGGUAAAGCUUUUAAUUAAGGUCAAUGCACAGUCAUAAUCUAGGUUUAUAUACGUCCCUCAGUGCUCAGUUUGAUGUCAGAGUAAGGCUUGUACAGCAAUAAGAAUCGAUUUUUCUUUUUUCUUGUUACACCAAAGCUCCUGUCAUGAUAAUAAUUUGGUCACUGUCUUUUCUCAUAUUCAGACAUCACUCCGGGAAAACACGUUCUGCUUGAGAACCAGUACAGUUUCUAUUCCUUCCUAGAUCUUUUUAAUCCAUUCACUCUUCUAUCAACUCUUCUUUAGUGUUUUCUUCAAAUAGUAAAUCCCACCCCACUUUUUGUCUCUAUCCUCACUUUCGGUUACAACACCUAAAAUAAUUUGCAGUAGGACCUUUGUGCUGAAACUCAGAUGUCAUCAGCAAGCUUUAUGUGCUUUACCCUACAGGGAAGUGACUGGCAGUGGUCAUGGUGAGACAUGCUGCUUGGCAGCAUUUUAGAGCGUGCUAAAAAGCCUUGAGCCUGAAAAGUGAAAUCUGUAUCAGCUAGUCUUGAAAAUGCAAAUCAUGUAAAUCUCAUACUUAGGACAACUCAAGGUGUGUGUCCAUUUAAGCUGUCUAGCAUGUGGUUUUACCUUUUGCAGUGACGACGUACAUUGUGCAGGCUAAAAACAUGCAGUGAGGUCUGGCUCUAGAUCAUGGGUUCCUCUGCUAUAAACUGACUCUGCUCUGUUUAAAUGUCACUAAAGUUUGAGACUGCCUUGAAUGUGCCACCUUGGCUUUUCUAGGGACGGAACACUGCACGCUGUGAUGUUGCCUUUAUUCCCAACCACUCCGACAAUGUGGUCCCUGUAAGAAUUUCAGGAGGUGUCUGAUCAUGCUACUCAUUAGGACAGGAGUGUCCAACGUGUUGGCCUGCCUGUUCUGCAUCGAGUGAACGAGAAUUGUCCUGGGCUGCAUACACAAAGGUUGCUCCAAAAGUAAUGCCUCCUAUUUAUUUCCAUGGAAACCAUAACCGAUAUCAAGAGCACAGUAACACAGUUCGACAGAGCAAAUUCUCAGCUAUAAAACACUAUCUUUCAGUAUAGUCAUCACCAUUAGCUGUGCAUUUUCCCCAGCCAUGAACAAGAGCCUGCAUGCUGUACUCCUAACGAUAUGCACCAGUGGAGAUGACCCACUGCCAUUGCUGCUAAAAUGCACCACCCACUGCCUCACUGUGCUCACAUCCACUUGUUGGUCUCCAUAAACAUUCAGCAAGCAUUGAUGAAUGCCAAUGGGUGCAAUGUUUUUUCAUGUGGAGGAAUUCAGUUCCACCCUUUUUCUUCCUAUGCACUUCCAUGUCAGACACCUCUCUGUCAAACUGCCCCUCUGCUGCCACCUGUCACAUGGCAGCAGUGUGUAAUGGAAUACUGGUGGGAAGGUUCCACCACUGCUGCCAUACCACCACCAUCCACCUCUGGUGUUGUGGGCCAACAUCAUAAAAUAGGAGGCAUUACUUUCAGAGCAGCCUUCAUAAAAUAUACAACAUAGUUCAUGAAUGUAACUAAUGUAACUUAUUUUAAUCUUUAAGAUUUUUUAUUAAAACAACAGCAAAAAGCAAAAAACCAAGAGCUAGUGGUAUAUGUGACCUUGCUUUUGUGAAACUAAUGCGUCACUCCCUGGUUUGAUGGCAGUGGCUGUAAUCCUUAGUGAGGUCUCAAGCUGUUUGUCAGAGAUUUUUUGAUCAAUAAGGCACGGUUGUGAAGUGAGGAAUGUUUUUCUCAGUUGAGAGAGGUCUUAUAAAAGUAAAGAGACACGGUCAGUUUUUUGAGUUGAAUCUCUGCCUGAAGCCCCAUACAAUCCAUCUGAAAACUCCCAGUUGCAAGUAUUAAAAAAAAAAAAAAACAACUUUUUUUUUUUCCUCGCAGUUUUGAAACCUAUUCCCAAAUCCCUCUAUUGGAACAGAAAGCAUGGCUGCAUGUUUUUCUUUGUUCACAGGACUGUGUUUAGCCAGUGUAUGGAAAUGUGAGGGCAGAUGGAUCUGGGCUGUGCUGCCAGCUGUGCUGGGUCGCAUGCGGCCUGUGGGCUGGGUGUGCCUGCAUGAGGGAGAAGGACAAGGAGAUGCUUUCCUGCAGGGGAUGCAGGUGACUUACUAGAAGAUUAGCUCACCAUAGAUGAUAUGUGGCUUUGGCACCAACUUGAGUAUCUUUCUGAUUUUGAUUUCACUUCUAAUUUGUCCUUUCAAGGCCUUAGUCCAUCCUGAUAUGAAGUGUAACUUACUAUUGAGAUCAUACCUGCUGCUUGGAAGGUUCUCUGAGAGGAUACCUGUACAGUGACCACAUUCCUAAACAGAGAUUCCUGCAAAGUGCUCAGUGAGUUCACACUGGUCCUACAGUACUGGAGGACCAGCUUCUGUCUGCUGCUGCACAGGAGGCCUUUUUCAGCCCCAUGACUUCGACAGGAGUGUGAGCGGGCCCCAGCUGUACCACAGUCCUCAUUCCAUAGUCUCUACGUGCAUGUUCAAUUCAUGCAUGCUAUGGCCGUGGCCAUUUUUGGUACUUCUCUAGUGCUAUUCAGACAUGACAGUUUCAUUUCACUUUCCCUUUUAUUGUGUGUUGCUGCAAGACCUGUGGUGUUUUGACCUGCGAACAUCCUGGGAGGCUGCAACCACCGCACACAGCUUGCUUGCAGCGCUGACCUUGCUAGAACAAACUCAGCAGUGUCAGCACAGCCUCCGUGGUUAGUUUUUCACUCUCACUCUUCAUCCUUCUUCUUUAGAGCCUCCUAUUGACUAUUAAAUUAUUUUCUUUUCACUGGGAGUAAUAUGGUUUUAACUUAACAUAAAUGCUCUCAGUGAGAAUCACCCUGCCACUUGAGUACUUUUUCCUUUUGUUCUUUUUCAGGGUGCCCUUCUAUACAGAAGUAUGCUAUAGGUAAAAUUUGCUGUAAUUUCCACCCCUUUGGCCUAAUACUUGCACUAAUGCCCUCGACUUAUCCUUGUUUCAUUGUUGUCUCCUCCUAGAUGUUCCAGGUGUCAUCUGCCAUUAGGCAGUGAUCCCUCUGCUGUGGGACUUAGUAGCUUACGAGCCCUUGAGAAGGAAAGUCCUGCUUUCUUCCCUGGUCAGCCAGCUAAAUCCAUAUCUGAUGCAAACAAAUGUACUGGAAAGAGCAAAGAACUGAGGCAGCUGAUACGGAGGUUUUUAACUGCAGCUCUGAGUCGUUUGGCGUUCUGGUGUAGCACUUUUGCAGCUCCGUGGAGCAUUGCCUUCUGGCUGAGUUAUAAAGCUCAGCAGUAUUAAUUCAUACGGCUGGCUCUUAGAGAGGCACUGCUUUCAAAGAACUGCAAUACAAAUAAUUUUCUCUUUUCAGACCUUACAAAUCAUAUACUUCAUGUACCUGCAUGUAUCUUUCUUAUAUUUGUACUGAAAAGUCUUAGUUUAACUGUAGAAAUAGCCUCUAUGUACAGAGUGCUCAUCCUUGGUCACCCUUGUUGCCUUUUUCUGAGUUUUUUCCAGUUCUACUCUAGGGAAGGGUAUGAAAUGCAGAACAGAUUCAUACAGCAACAUAGCGAUGGUCUCCAAUUUGGCAUCUUUUCAUUUCCAUAUCCCUGUGUAAUUCUGUGUGCAUAAUUAUUUUCCCAUGGCUGAGCAGUGAGCUGGUGUCUCCACGGAGCUGCCUAUCCAGCAGUGGGGCCUUUCUCCUGAGCGGUAGCAACAUGCUCAGAGUUCAUCACUGUGGGAUGAUGGGAUCGGCUUUCCUGUAUGUGUUUGAUUUCACUUGCUGUUUUAUUUUUCCAAUCACUCAGCCCCUAGUUUCUCAGUUUUCCCCGCUGACACUCCCUGGAAUAACCCUUGGUUACCAGCACAUGGUCUCACCUCACCUCUCGUGCCCCUUCCAGAGCACAGGUGAGUGCUGCAAGGCACAUGUCCAUGCACAACUCAUGAGGACCUGCACUGCGACCUCCUCCCUCUUAUGGCAAGAAUGGAAAGUUUACACCUGCUGUUUUCUGUUGUUAGCCAAACGUUUACCUUUUUAAGCACUCUUUUGGGCUAUAAUUGCUAACGGUUCAUGUCAGGGCUGCUUACCUCACCUAUAAUUUCAACAACAUGAGUGUAUAUUGCAAUAUCCUCAGGAUACAUGAGGGUUUCAUCCUCAGGAUUCUUUCAUGUUUAACUGAUGAACUCUGGAUUGCAGUAAAACACAUUAAUAUUUAUGAUGUGAUUAAAAGAAGAAAGAAAGAUGGCACCACCAACAAACUUUAAUUCUUGUAUCGGGAGUGUAAGACGUCAUGGCUAUUGGCCCUCGAAUCAAUGGCAGCUUGUAAUAGAUGGAAUGUAAUUUGGGAUAAUUCAAGGUGGAGGUUCUUCUGGCAGGCUGGAGGAGUGACGUAGCAGUGGGAGAUCACCAGAACCUCCUGAUGGGAUUUCCUGUACAUGCUUUGUUAGCACGUGUAUUUUAUAUAUGUUUGAAUAUACCAUAUUUUUAUGUGUGAUUUUAUUUUUUUUUAUAUUUCAGUUGUUUUCUACCCAUGAAAAAAUGAGCAGAAAAACUGCUGUGCUUCAGCAGUGCUGUCCACGUGCCAACUUCAUUUCAGUGGAACACCUGCGUUUCCUACAAGCUCUCAUUACCUGGAAGAGUGUAAUAUCUUUGCUGAGACCUCUUUUGCUGGAUGUGGUCCCAACUAUCCAACAGACUGCUGCUUUGGCUCUUGGGAGGCUUGCCUAUUUUAACGAUGACCUGGCAGAAGCAGUCGUGAAGGAAGACAUUCUUCCACAGCUCGUGUGUUCCUUGUCUGAGCAGAAUCGUUUCUACAAGAAAGCAGCUGCAUUUGUGCUAAGAGCAGUUGGGAAACAUUCUCCACAGCUAGCUCAGGCAAUAGUUGAGUGUGGAGCACUGGAAGCACUUGUGAUUUGCUUGGAAGAUUUUGAUCCUGGAGUGAAAGAAGGUGCAGCUUGGGCACUCGGGUAUAUUGCCCGACACAAUUCAGAACUGUCACAAGCUGUGGUGGAUGCAGGAGCCGUUCCUCUUUUAGUGCUCUGUAUCCAGGAGCCAGAAAUUGCUUUGAAAAGGAUUGCUGCUUCAACUCUUAGUGAUAUUUCAAAGCAUUCUCCAGAGUUAGCACAGACAGUAGUGGAUGCAGGAGCUAUCGCUUACUUAGCUCAGAUGAUCCUGAACCCCGAUGCUAAACUGAAGUGUCAGGUGCUGUCAGCGCUAAGCCAAAUAGCAAAGCAUUCGGUGGAUCUUGCAGAGUUGGUGGUUGAAGCAGAAAUUUUCCCAGUUGUGCUCACAUGCAUGAAGGACUCGGAUGAAUAUGUCAAGAAAAAUGGUGCAACUUUAAUUAGAGAGAUAGCAAAGCAUUCGCCUGAGCUUUCACAGUUUAUAGUAAAUGCAGGUGGAGUUGCUGCUGUGAUUGAUUGUAUUGGCAGCUGCAAAGGGACUGUCAGACUGCCUGGCAUCAUGAUGCUUGGUUAUGUAGCAGCUCAUUCAGAGAACCUGUCAAUGGCAGUUAUUGUCUCCAAGGGAAUACCACCACUGUGUACCUGUUUGUUAGAAGAACAUGAAGAUCAUAUUAAGGCAGCAGCUGCGUGGGCCUUGGGACAGAUUGGAAGACAUACUCCUGAGCAUGCACGUGCUGUAGCAGAAACAAAUGUGCUAGGCACACUGCUUUCUAUGUAUAUGGACAUACGCAGUUCAGAAGAUCUUCAGCUGAAAGCUAAAAGAGCCUUAAAGAACAUCCUUCAGAAAUGCACUUAUCUUCCAGCACUUGAACCACUGCUGCAUGAUGCCCCUCCCAAUAUUAUGAAACACAUUGUUGGGCAGUUUAGCAAGGUGUUACCACAUGACAGUAAAGCACGUCGUCUCUUUGUAACAUCUGGUGGGCUUAAAAAGGUUCAAGAAAUAAAAGCAGAACCCGGGUCACUUCUUCAGGAGUAUAUCAACACUAUUAACAAUUGCUAUCCAGAGGAAGUAGUAAGGUAUUAUUCCCCUGGAUAUUCUGAGAUGCUUCUGGAACGGGUGGAAAAUUACCAACCAGUUUUAUAAACUUCAAUUUUUAUUAGAGCUGUAUUUCACGUUUACGCUUUUAUGACUGUAAUACAAAUACAGCUGCUGAAACUCUUGUUAGAUUCUGAAAUCUACUUCUACUGUUUGAACCACAGCAAGACCUCGGUAUUUCCAGCAAGCUGUGUUUUGUUCUUUAUAAAAAUGUUGCUAAGUUUUUGUUCCUAUUUGUUUUUCUCUAACUUUAUGACGAGACACUGCAGCAUAUAUCAGUGGAAUUUCAUGCAAGGGUGUUGAUUUAUCACAGAAGCUUUUUUAGAAUCAGUCAUUUCCUUUUCCUUCCACAAGAAAGGUUUGUUAUUAUCUCAUUCAAAUUUCAUCCUUCUCAGCACUUUAUCAAUUUUUCCCCCUUUUGUCUUUGCGUAUUGUUUAGAGCUUCCCAAGCUUGAUGAGGGGGAGGAAAAAGAUGUCCCCUCUGCCUUUUCUAAUUAUAGAAUUCAUUCUAUGCUGAGAUUUUUUUUUCCCACCACUACCUUUUGGAAAGUGAUGUGAUUUUUGCAUCCCCAAACAUAUUAGUAGCUGCUAAAUAGAGAAGUAAUCAGAUCUGAUGAUGAUAAAAGGGCUGUUUUCUGCAUGCUACAAUAGUGUCAUGAUCCUGGCAUGCUAAAUAGUACAUCUGCAAAAAUCCUCCUAAUUAAGGCAAGAUUUGCCACAGAGGGAAGAAGCGAUACAUUAUUUGGUGUGUAUGUUUUUGUUCCUAUCGGAAAGGAUAGAGUGGACUCAGAAUUCCCACAGGUACAAAGGGAGAGAAAGGACUCUGUGAGGUUCUGCCCCAUUUGGGUCGGCAAUAUCUGGGCCUCUCAGGAAGAGGGGAGAAUUGUUUGGCUUCAGGAAUGCUGUUAGCGAAGUUUUGAGCACAUCCAGAGGAAAGCUGAGGAUACUUGAGUCCCACUGAAUUGAGCGGUGGGACUAACACUGCUCAGUACUUUCUCUUCAAGAGAUGAAGUUGCUGCAGAAUUGAGUUGAAACACAUUUGGAACUUAGUCUUGAACUUGCAAAUCGCGUUGACAUGGAGAUUAUUGGAGGUAUGAGCUCUUUUGUAUACAACGUCCUGAAAAUACUUUUGCCCUCUUAUGUGGAGUAAAAAGACUUUCUACAUUCUACUUACGCUGCUGGUGUACUGUAGCAACAGGGAACAGCAUACAACCCUACAGUAUUCACCAAGUAAUAGGUAAUUGUCAUUCACCAUUUUUUGUUCUUCUAGCCAUUCUUCUCUUCCAAGUAUGCAGCAGGAUUUUUGUUUGUUUGUUUCUUCUCUUCUUUUUCUUUCCCAGAGAGUCAUAUGCAGUGUUUCUGGGAUGGGACGUCAAAAUUCUGGCAGCUGCGAGGGAAUACAAUACUUGAAAACCCCUGCAGGAGAAACUUGUCUACUUUCUUAAACAUAUUAGCUGAAUGAGUUUAUAAAACAGGGAUAGCAUCUUCUGUUACUCGUAAAACAGGAGCAAAGUCUUAAUGCAGUUGGAAAUGAUUUAGAGUGAGUUUUCCUUGCCAAAUUCCAAAUUACUGUAUUCUUGUCAGCAUAUUUGUCAUUGGUUCACAGAAACAUUGGUGGGCUAUCUUCUGCUAAGGUCUACUUCUACAGAGGGCUGUGCUCCUGGUGUGAGGUACUUGGUGCUCUCGGACUAGUUUGAGGAGAAGCAGAGGCUGUAUAGUUGGCUGUAUGGAGCAUAACUGAGAUGGAGACUGUUGGUGUCAUGACUAUAAACCACACCAGCUGGGUUCUUGCCUUAGCCUGCACCAGAAUGAACAGGUUUGGAACUGACUAACCAAAUGUCUUUUCCUUUUUGGUAUUUACAGUUUGACAUUAAUAAUGUUACAACACUGGUGGAAAAAAAAAAUCGUUAGGUAUAUUAAGAAGAUUGUUGUAAUACUCAGUGAAUUUUCCUAAAUGCAUUAUGGAUAUUUAAAAAUCAAAUCUUAAACAUUCUUUGAAAGAAAAUGUCAUGCAAGGACUACCGGAGAGUGUUGAAGGAUCUGAAGGCUUUGUUUUCCCUAGCAGGGGAGAAAUACUGUAGAAGGCUGAAUGUAGUGCAGCUGGGAGGCCGGGUAGACAUUCAGCUGUGUACCCAUAGCUGCAUCAGAUGUUUUGGAGCACGUGCACAGCACACGAUGCUAACGGGUGUGUUUAGUGUGGAGAGAGCAUAGAGGCUUCAGUUCCCUGACAAAUGUGUUACACCAUAAUGAUUCCACUGGGUUAAAUUUCAAUGCCUAAACCCUUUGUCCACAGUCUUCUCACAUGUUUUUCUGAUUCAUGACAAUGGAAGUGAUUGCAGAAGGCAAACCUUCAAAGCAAUCGGAUUUUGCAGUGCACAGUCUCAAUCAGACCUAGCAUAAAUCCCUCUUUAUGCCAGUUACGCAGAUCUGUCCUAGGCCAGGGGAGCUGUGAGGCCUCUUGGCGCAGGUCUCCCUCCUUGGUGAUGCCACAUCCCAUUAGGCCGCGGCCGAGCCAAGCUCCCUCCUUCGAGAAGCCUGCUCCUUGGACAAGCCCUCAGCUCUCCUUUGCUGGCAGGCUGCUUCCCUGCAUGGUAGUACACCCUAGGGCUGGAGGCUUCCCAAGCAGUACACAUCUGCAUAAGGCAGAUUGAGGCCUUUCUUACAGAAUUAUCACUAAUUUGUGGUUUAGGCUUACUUUACUACAGCAAGAGUUGCUUUUUUUCUUGGAACGUUUCACAGGCUCUGAUGUACAAUGUUUGUGCUCUAUCCUCUUGUUUGUCUUAAGUCAUCAUCUAAAACUAUAUUAAUGUGUGUAAUUGCUACUCUGGCAAGCUUCAAGUGUAUACCACUCGUCUCAAUUUCAUAGAAUAAAAUGUACAUUUGCAUUUUAA